AUCAUUAUUCCAACAUCGUAGUAGCAAUCGUGUGUGUAAUCGACUCGAAUUGAAUUGAUUAGAGGACAUACACAUAAUAAUUAUUUGUUGCCUAAUUGCCCAAAACAGUACUUAGUGCCGUUUAAGCAUCAACCUUGUCUCGUCGUCGUCUGCGAUAACUUUACAAAGAAAAAAAAAGUGCCAAGAAAAAUUCGAGAGCUCUUUCUACCUGAGAAUUAACACAAACAGUGCAUCACGAUGGGGCGAUACAGCGGCAAAAAGUGUCGUCUCUUGACGAUGAUGUGGCUAACCACAUUUUUCUUCUUCGUCGAGAUAAUUGUGGGAUAUGUAACGAAUUCUAUGGCUCUCGUGGCUGACAGUUUUCACAUGCUCGGCGAUAUAGCGGCGUUGGUGAUAUCUUUCUUAUCGAUAAAGAUGUCGCCGAAGAAAUGGUCAAAAAACACCUUUGGAUGGGCGCGCGCGGAAGUUUUGGGCGCAUUAGUGAAUGCCGUGUUCCUCGUUGCUCUGUGUUUUAGUAUUACCAUAGAAGCGUGCAAACGUUUCAUCGAAGAAGAGCACUUGCAUCAGCCAAAAUUAGUCGUAAUUGUAGGAGUAAUUGGAUUGUUAGUUAAUACAUUGGGACUUGGAUUGCUGUACGAGCAUGGCGGGCAUUCGCACAGCAGUUUAACGUCGAAUCACGAAACUCUCGUCCAUUUGGCGGAUGACAAUGAGAAUAAUUCCUUCGUGUACAAGGAUAGCGCGAAGACAAAUGCCAAAAAUUCCCCACCGCCCGUCAAAAAAUCGAGUCAUGGGCAUUCGCAUGACCCGUCGCAAAUGAAUAUGCGCGGAGCUUUCCUUCAUGUGUUGUCGGAUGCCCUUGGAUCGAUCAUUGUGAUCAUCAGUGCAAUGAUUGUUUGGAAAACCGAUUGGAAAUACAAAUAUUACAUGGAUCCCGCGUUAUCGAUCGUUCUCGUCAUCUUGAUUCUCCAUUCUGUGUGGCCUCUGUUACGGGAAUCCGCACUAAUCCUCCUACAAACUGUGCCAACACAUAUACAAGUAGAUGCAAUCCAACAAAGACUGCUGGAGAAAGUCGAUGGCGUACUUGCGGUGCACGAAUUUCACGUUUGGCAAUUGGCGGGCGAUCGAAUUAUUGCUUCAGCUCACAUUAGAUGUCGAAACUUGUCAGAAUACAUGAAAAUUGCGGAAAAAGUAAAGGAAUUUUUCCAUCACGAAGGCAUCCAUUCAACCACAAUCCAACCGGAAUUCGUCGAAAUCGAGUCGUAUAAUUCCUGCAGCGGAUCGGAUGGCGUAUCGACGUGUUUGAAUGUCAGUGCGAGCGAUUGUUGCGAGAUUCCGUGCCCCACAACCGAAAAUUCAAGCUGUGUAAAAGCUACUUGCUGCCAAAAUAAUAACAAAAAUCAACUGCCAUCUCCAAGCAGUUCUCCCCUCUUAUGUCGCCAAAGACCGAAUAAUAGAACUAACAAUAGUAAAGAUGUUGAAACAGGUUCGCUUUUAGAAGAGCAAACGACGAGUUCUGUACCAAAGGAUGCGAAAGAUAACCUCGAUCAAAGCUUGAAAGUUUGACGGACAGAUUUAGUAUUAAAUCUUUAAAAAAAAAUGAACGUAAAAUGUAGA